AUGGGAGCUCCGGCAUUCGACAGCACCAGAUGGAAUCAGCGCGUAGCUACCCUGACUUCCUCAGACGAAGUCAUCCGCAUCAACUACAUUGAUUGCCCGCCCCCUCCAUCCACCGCCUCGAGAGGUACCAUUCUCCUGAUCCACGGUUUCCCCCAAACUUCAUACCAGUUCCGCCAUGUAAUCACACCUCUAGCCAAUGCUGGCUAUCGCAUCAUCGCGCCCGACUACCGGGGCGCCGGGCAGUCGUCACGGCCAGCGGGCGGCUAUACCAAAACAACCAUGGCAUCCGACUUAAUAGCCUUGGUGUCCCAUCUAGGCAUCACCUCUCGAAUCCACAUCGUAGGCCACGAUAUCGGCGGCAUGAUCGCCCACGCCUACGCCUCACGGCAGCCGUCCAGCGUCGCCAGCAUAAUCUGGGGCGAGUGCCCUCUUCCCGGCACUUCAGCAUAUGCUGCAGACAGGACAACACACCAAGUCGCGCAGUUCCACUUCAUCUUCCACUGUGUGCCUGACCUGCCGGAAGCGCUGGUCGCUGGCCGAGAGGGCAUCUAUUUGAAGCACUUUUUCAAUAAGCUGGUGUAUAACAGCGCGGCCAUUACGGACGCUGAUUUUGGCCAUUACGUGUUAGCUUACAGCCAGCCUGGCGCAAUGAGAGCGGCAUUUCAGGUGUAUGGUACUUUUGAGAAGGAUGCGGAGGAGAACAGGGAGUGGGUGAAACGGGAGGGGAAGUGUAAGGUUCCGUGUAUGGUGUUCAGUGGAGAUAUGAGUAGGCAUAAGGAGGCAGCGGAGAGUAUGGCCAGCGAGGUCUACGAAGAUAUUGAGGUGGCGGUCGUCGAGGCAAGUGGACAUUACCUUGCGGAGGAGAAUCCGGAGGGUUUUGUAAAGCAAGUGCUAGAGUUUGUAGGAAAACACCGCGAGCAAUAA